CAAUUUCUCCUGAAAUUCUUCAAUAAUCUGAUCGCCUUCAACAAUCUCUCCAUUCUCAACAGAUGUUAAUGGGUUAAUCCCAACACCAGCUUGUCACAGGUUAUACGAAAGAAUGAGCAUGCCUGAAAAAGUUUACGAGGAGCUAGAUGAUGCAAAAGCUGAAAUCGAAAAGCUCAGAUCAGAGUAUCAUGUGAAAGCCAAUCUUUGUGACAACUUGAAGAGAUCGUAUGAUGAUCAAGUCAAAACGAUCCAAGAACUCAAUCAGAAACUUGAGAACCAAGCUCGGGAAAUAGAAGCAAAAUCUGAUGAAAAUUAUGCUGCAAAGCAGUCACUCGAAGAUCUCAAGUGCAAACUUAAAGAGAAGGAAUGUAUCAUCAAGAGUUUCAGUUCUUCCAAUGAUAAGCUUCGUGUUGAUUUCAAUUCAAAGCUUCGGGAAAGUGAAGAGGAGAAAAAGGAGCUUGCUUCUUCGUUAGAAGAAGCCAAUGUCAAGAUUUUGAAUCUGGAGCAUGAAAACCGCGCUUUCAUGGACAAGAUUGAGGUUCUCAAAGAAGGGAUUUUGUCGGUUUCAAAUAAGAAGUGUGCCAGUGAAAGCAAAAUGGCUAAAGCUUGCAAACAAAUUAGAGAGAAUGGAGACAUGUUUGAAAAGUUGGAGGAGGAAAAAGCGAAGCUUGAAGAGAAACUUAAAUGGAAGAACGAACAGUUCAAGUACUUGGAAGAAGCCCAUGAAAAGCUUCGAGAUAACCUACGCACAAAGGAAAAAGAAUGGGAUAUGGAGAAAUCUACUUGUUUUGAUGAAAUAUCCACGUUAGAGACAAAGUUGGAUUCGCAGAUUAGACUUUCGGAAGAUUUCAAAAGGCGGUUACAGAUAUGCAAUCGAUCUCUGGCCCAUGAAGAGGAUCAAAGAAAGUCCUUAGUUGUGAAACUUCAAUUGCUGACCAACGGGAAAGAUGAAGAUAUCGGGAUUUUGAGGAACUUGCUUAGUGAGAAAGAAUGUGUUUAUAAAGAGAUGGAAUCUAAGAUUGGCAGGUUGGAGGAAGAAAAUCAAGAGUUGGUUUUUUCUCUUAAAGAACUCAGAAGAGCCGGUAAUUCUUCUUCUGUUGGAAAGCUUCGGAACAAGCUUAAAACUUUGGAGCAGGUUCAUAGUGAAUGUUCUCAUCAGAGUAAACUCCGAGAAGCUGAAUGGAGCUCUCAAUUUGAUAAAGUGGUUGCGGACCUGAAUGUUUGCAGACUCGAGUUAGAAAGUAAAGAGGCCCGUUUGAAAGAGAUUACAACUGAAUUGAAUGGUUAUAACUCUCGGAUGUCGGAGUUAACAAUGGAGAAAGAGGAGUCUGCAAUCAUGAUGGUGGCAAUGAAAUCGACACUUUUGGAAGCCAGAUCAAAGAUCGACGAAGAGAAGGUCUUGGUUUUAAGGAAAGAGUUGGAGAGUAAGAACUGUGAUCUUGUUAAAGCCCACGAAAGUAUUAAAGAACAACUUGCAGAAAUUGAAUCCUUGAAGAUGAUCAAACAUAAAGAGAUUGAGAGUCAUGAAGAACAGCUGAAGAAUGUGUGUGAUUUAUUAGAUAGAUCAAACAAAGAACUUGAUUGGUGCUGUUGUGAAGCAACUGAAGUUGAAUUUGAACUACAAAUAUGGAAAUCAGUUGCAGAACGAUUAGAAGCGAAUCUGGAACAAAACCAUCGAAUGAGAAGGGAAGUGGAAGCUUCUCUCUUGGCUCAAGUGGCUACGGAAGUCGACCUCAAACAAGAAAUCGAUAAUCUUGUUUGUGGUUUAGAAGAAAAAGAGAAAAGAAUCAAAGAGCUCGAACAAAAGCUCAAAGAAUCAAACCGAUUUGGUAAAGAGAAUGGUGAAAAGCUUGAGAAAGAGAUAGAAUGGUGGGAGCAAGAAUGGGUGACGAAAGAACUGGAAGCCGCAAUUCUCGCACAGUUGGAAUCUGAGAGACUCCAUGAACAUGAGAAGCAGAGUCUUAAUCAGCUUGUAGAAGAGAAAGAUGAACGAAUCAAAAACCUGCGACAGAUUAUGAAGUGUUUAGAGGAAGAAUUCGAUGAUUCGAGUGCUUCAUUUUCUUGUGAACUUGGAAAGAUGCAGGCAGAGAUGAAGCUGUUUCUUGAAGCUUGGGAGAAUAUGAGGACAUUUGUGGUUCUUAAGGAGAUUGAGGUUCAAGAAAAGGGUUUGAUGGUGAUGGAAUUGGAGAAAGAUUUAGAGUUUGAGAAGAAAUGUGUGGAGAAGGUGUUAUUAGAGAAAGAGAAGUUGAUGGAUAUCAUUGGGGGGGUGUCUGAAAGGAUUAAUAAGUUAUCAAGGGAAGAUGGGCAAGUAAUGAGAAAUUUGAGGAGUAUAAUGUUGAGUUUUCAUGAGUUUGAUCCUGUGAAAGAAAACACAAAUGUGUAUCAGUCUCCGAAAAGGAACACGAGUCUUCAAGAGCGAUCCCCGUUAAGAGCUCUCAACGGUUAGCUUUUUUUUUCUUUCUUUUUUACAUAUAACAUGUAUUUUGUUUGUUUUUCUGCACAUUGUUUUCACGGAUGGAACACGACUUGUAU